CGACCUGUCACACGCGCGUGUCAGUGCCAUACUCACUUAAAAAUGAAUGAAUUCGAAUUAUGAAUUGUGAAAAAAAGUAAUCGUGUCAUUGCCAAAAAAAAAGUUUCAAUCGUUAUUGAUUUUUUUAUAGUGCACGUUCUGUUACAACAUUGGUUUAUUGAACUGUUUGUAAAGGUCAUUGUCACUCGUCAACAAUAACAUUUUUGAGACAUUUAAGUUGGAGCAGCUGCAUCGUGUUUGUAUUUGAAAAUGGAUUGUUUUUUGAAUUCGAAAAAAGAAUACUGGCUUCUUUCGUGAAUCGAAUUUUAAGUGCGUCCUUCAGGAUUUAAACAUUUUCAUUUAAUUUUAUUGUUAAGAACUUUUAAAAGUAUGAUAAUUUCGUGAAAGUAUUAAGAAUUUCAAGCUAUGGCGGCGUCUACUGAAGAUAUUUAUAACAAAGAAUAUAAAAGAAUUCGUAGACUCACAAAAGAUCUCGCUCUUCGCCAAAUUUCAUCAGAGUAUGGACUUACGGAGGAUCAAGUUGCAGAGUUCAAAGAAGCGUUCAUGUUGUUCGACAAGGACGAGGACGGCACCAUCACGAUGGCGGAACUUGGCGUCGUUAUGCGGUCGCUGGGCCAGCGCCCAUCAGAGACUGAACUACGAGACAUGGUGAAGGAGGUUGACCAGGACGGCAACGGCACCAUUGAGUUCAACGAGUUCCUCCAGAUGAUGUCCAAGAAGAUGCGCGGCGCGGACGGUGAGGAUGAACUGAGAGAAGCAUUUAGGGUUUUCGACAAAAACAACGAUGGACUGAUAUCGUCAGUGGAGCUUCGCCACGUGAUGACCAACCUGGGGGAGCGGCUGAGCGAGGAGGAGGUAGACGACAUGAUCCGCGAGGCCGACCUUGACGGCGACGGCAUGGUCAACUACGACGAGUUUGUGACAAUAUUGACGUCGAAAAACUAGUAUGCAGAGCAAAAGCCCAAGAGAGAACAUCCCCCACCGGAGUGUCCUUACAAGGAUCUCACCAAACUUGGCGGGAAAGAAACUCUUAUUUAGAUCAUCUGUGGACGCCAUGUUGGACGCCAUGUUGCAUGUGUACAAUAAAGUGAAGCCUAAUCGUGCGUGUUACCCGAAUAGUAUCGGCUAGAGUCGUUUUGUAUUCAUCGCUUCGACAAUGACACUGUAUCUACAGGGUGUUUAUGAACCUCCCAUUAUUUUUAUAGACGUAAGUACGCUUUUGUGUUACACGCCUAAAAACAUAUGUAAAUACUAUCAUUUAUACUUCACCGAGAUUUGAUGUAAUAUUUGUAAUAACGAUCAUGUUUAUCGUAAUAUUUUUAAUUGUAUGCUGGACGC